AUGCCGACAAAUCGUGCUGCAUGGCUUGAUGCAAAGUCAACAACCCUCGUGGUGCAUAACGCUCCCUUUCCAAUACCUGGCGAGGAUGAAAUCGUCGUCAAGAAUGCCUGUGUGGCAAUCAAUCCUGUCGAUUACAAACUUCAAGAUUGGGAUUUCUUGAACUUGCGUUAUCCGGCAAUUCUGGGAUGCGAGGUUGCUGGCGAGAUUGUUGCAAUCGGUGAUCAAGUCCGGAAUUUUCAGACUGGUCAGAGAGUCAUCGGAAAUUGCCAUUCCAGCGUUACAAAGGACUACAAAAAUGCUGGGUUCCAGGAGUACACCGUUUUAUCGUCUUCUCUGGCCGUACCGAUCCCCGAUGAGAUGGCGUUUAGUGCAGCAGUUGUCCUUCCCGUCGCUGUUUCCACCGCUUCUGCAGCACUUUUUGACCCAGGAAACUUCGGAAUUGCAGUACCGCAGAUGGCGAUGUCGGAUUCUCCUACUCCAGCCGCUAGCGACUUGCUACCUCCAAAAGACACCUCUGCAGUGCUAAUAUGGGGAGGCAGCACGAGUGUAGGCUGUGUAGCAAUUCAACUUGCUCGUGCUGCCGGCCUGAAAGUCAUAACAACGACAAGCAAACACAAUUUUGGCCUGUGCAAAGCUUUGGGAGCUCAUGAAGUGUUUGAUCGAGAGGCUGAUUCCGCGGUUGAUGAAAUUGUCGCAGCUCUGAAUGGAAAAGUCCUGGUCGGUGCUCUCAAUGCCGUUGGAGCCCAGAAUACACUGCAAACUUGUAUCGAUAUCCUCGUCAGAACGGAAAGCAGGAAGCUGGUCGCUACUACUUUACCCGUUGAGGAGGGUGUGGAACGAAGAGGUGUCCAAGUCAAUUUUUUUCAUGGCCUAUCUAUCUUGCAGAAUGGGCUUGCUUCAACUAUCUGGAAUGAAUUUUUGCCUCAAGCGCUUCAGGAUGGCACGCUGGUUCCGAAGCCUGACGCCGUUAUUGUUGGACAUGGUUUGGAUGACAUUCAAAAAGGAUUGAAUAAAGCACGGGAGGGAUAUAGUGCAUCGAAGCUGGUCGUAACGCUCUAG